UAUUUACGCGGCCAUUUUAAAAUGGAAAAUCUCUACUCAGACUGAAAUGUUGUUUACAUUUGCAAAUAUUGAGCUUUAUUGCAUACGAAAUGCCUCAGCAAUCAACGAACAGACAAGCUACUAUUUUAGAAAAGUUAAAAUCUGGAAACGUCGACAGUAUUGAUAAAGAUGUCAUUGAAUUUUUGUCUCCUGCUUUAAAUGGUAAAGUUGAUGACAUUCAGCAGCAUGGGAUAUUUGCAGUGCACUUCCUCCAUGGCAGUUUUGCUAUUAUGUCAACAGCCAAAGUUUCUACUGAUUUACUUGAAGCAGUUGAGCAAUGCUACAAAUUCUAUAGACAAGCAAGGGACCAGAUAGCACUGAGUGAAGCCCUUGCCAUACCAAAACUUCUGUAUCAUAUCCUGACAAAAAUUCCAGUUAAAGGAUUUCAGCAGUAUAUUAUCUCCCUUUGUAACUACCUGUAUGAUGAACUGUUACUUGUUAAUGACUGCAAGAAUGACAUGGCUAGUACAAUUGUCAGCAAUACAUAUAGUCGUCUGUGGAACCUGGCCAUUAAACAGGAGCAAGAGAUUGAAGGACAUGACUGGGAAAUCUUACAACUUAGACAUCUUAUACUCAAAAUUCUACUGCUUAAACCAGGAACAGCAAAUAGUGUGACAGAGAAACUUGUUCUAGCUCUUUCAAGAUAUGAGAAAACCAUUUUACAAAAAGAGAAGACACUGGAUGAGACUUCCUUUCCUGUUGUUGAUUUAGUGGCAGACACUUUGACCUGUCUGCAUAACCACAAACUAUCAGAUGGAGAGGAGUUAUCUCCCCUAUUAUUACAUCAGUUCCUAUUGAAGCUUGGGACACAAUAUGACAUAAAAAUAGCAAUUAAAUACACAAUGACUGACAUUAGCCUUUGGAGUGUAGUAUAUCAGAAAAAUACGGAAAUUCAUAAUUUAUAUAGAAUUUUAUAUUACUAUGGAAACCAAAUCUUUGUUUGGAUGUACAGCAAUAAUAAAGAAAAUGCCAAAGAAAAUUAUCCUGCACAGCGUGGAAAAGAAACAGAACAAAUCGCUGAAACACUUCCUGAAAUUGUAAAGUCUUUAUCUCAUGACAGUCUUAACAUAGUGAUAGACAUCUUGCUUAUAGUUAUAAGAUAUGUGGAGAAAACUGACCUCCAAACAGACAGACUUUUGUCAGUGCUUAAAACCUUGUCUAAGAUCAAUCCAGUAUUACUAAAAUGGAAACCAGCACAAGAGAAACAAGCUAAAAUCAUUAUAGAUCUAGUCCAGACUCAGAUGAAAAUUUUGUUUAAUUACAUAAAAAGCAGUUCAGACAAAGAAGAGUUCGGUAGAUUGAUAGAUGUAUGUGAAGACAUCACACAGUCCUAUAGUACAUUACUACAAGAUCCUGAAUCUAAAGGAAAGGAUCAUGACAGACAUUACUGUGGUUAUUUAGUAUCCAAGCUGGCUCAAAUGUGUUUUGAGAAGAACUUGUUUCAAAUGGCUAUAGUAUUUUAUAAAAUAGCCUGUCUUCAACUUAACCUGUAUGUGAAUUCUGACAACACUCUGAAAGAAACAAGAAUGGAUGAGGUUUGUUUGGGUAGGAAGUAUAUAAGUUUAGCUGAGAUCUAUUUGGAAUGUGAUGAUACUAAAGCUGCCCUAGACUCCAUCAUUACCUGUGUAUUGGUUCAUCCUAGUCAUGUGACACAGGCAGUUAAAGUUUGGGUUAAAGUUAAAAAAGAUUUAACCAAAAAUGGAAGUGAGGAAAUGAAUAAAAAAACUUUUGGACAGUCUGUUUUUGAACAAGAUAAAACGGUUGAUAUAUGUAGUCUUCUGAAGAUGGAAAAUGACAUUUUUAAGUCAACUAGAAAAAGAAUAUAUCCUGCAGAAAUAGAAAUAUUACAACAACUGAUUAAAGAAGCAGCCAAUCAACCAUUAAUUAAAAGCAGAGCCCUGUUGGAGAUAGCCUUAGUACAUUGGCAAAGUGGAUUAAAAGGAAAUAGGGACAUACUGGAAUACUUAAGACAAGCAGAAUCAGUACUGGUUGCUGUAGAGAAUUCACAGGAGGUUUUGGGCCAAGUAUACCUGUGGCAGUAUGUUAUUAACCAUGAAGAAAUGUCAGCACAGAUUUUGUCCAGUAUUGAUAUUGAAGUACCAAAGCCAGAACCUGGAGAAGAACCUGAUACUGUCAUUGCAGGCACUCCAAGUGUUUACAUGACUGUUGCCAAGGAAAAAGAGGCCAUUGAAUUGUUGGAGAAAGCUGUUGCAUCAUGGGAUACAUUAGAAGAUGAUAUAAGUGAUGCUUCCAUGUUAUUACAGUCAAUCAUGACAUGUGCUCGUGUGUACCAACUAUUGAGAAAGCAUGACCAGCAGUUACAUGUUAUCAAAAUGUACUAUAAGUUGGCUGACAUACAUGUCUCUACUAUGACCUCAGAUGCAACAAGUCUCCUUAUAGAAUCUCUCAUAUCUGUUGGGAUGGUAUCAGAGGCAGAACAGUUUAUUGACAGUAUGGAUGAUUGGGACAAACAGAAAUGGAAGGAGCAGACAACUCAUUGUCAGAUUGCUAAGUGCUGUUAUAAAUUAAGUAGCCAACAGUACGAAGAAGGAAUAUCCAUUCUGAAUGAGGUCCUGUCUGUGAUUUCAGUACAGAACAAAACAUGGACAGUUUCAGUCCUUGAAGGCAAAGCUAAACGUUUGAUGUCCCAAUUUCUGACCUUCCCUCACAACAGUAAAUCUGAUUACAGUUUAGAUUAUGCAUAUGAAGCUGUGAGGUUCCAUACAGGAGUUGUACAGUUUCUUUUGGGGAAAGAAUUUCUAUGUAAAGAUGCUGAUACGAGUAAAGGAAACUCUGUAGAUCGAUGGACAGCCUUGAUAGAAGUAUUAGAAUCUCUGUAUAAUUUAGGAUACUUGUACUUUCACAUUGGGGAAGCAAGAGAGGCCAAGUGUUACUUAAAAGAGGGAUGGAAAAUAGCUCGAUACUUUGGUCUCCCUUCAUGGAAUAUCAAGUUCUCAAAUCAGAUAGCCAAACUUCACUGUACAAGUGAUAAAGGGGAGGAAGCAGUGAAAUAUUUGUCUGAAAUUUACAAAGUUUUAUCUCCAACCACUACAAUAGAACCACCUGUAGCUGAGAUAGUCGUUCCUGAAUGUAUAAAUCAUAUUUUAGAACAAGACUUAUGUAGCUAUUGUGAUGAUAAUUUACUACUCAUAUUAAAACUUGUUCCUAUGGUUACUGAAGUUUACAUUGUAAUGGAUCAGGAUAAUGAAGCUAUACUAAUGCUAGAAAAAAUGGAAGCAGCAAUUUGUCAACUGAUAAAAGAAAAGAAUCAUGGCAAUGAUUUAAAAAACUUUGAUAUGGUGAAAGAGUUGAACUUCUUACAUAUGGAAAUCAUAACCUAUUUAGCUGAACUGUGUAUGAAUCAGGAUAUGACUAGAAGUCAGCGGCUGCUUAAACAAGGUGAAGAUAUCAGUGGAUCAGAUAGAAGUAGUUUCGUUACACAAUCUAGACUAAAACUAUGUCAAUCAUUAUGUGGAUUCAAUCAGCAAAGUUUUCAUAGGUCCUCAUCUGAUUGUGAUACGAUGGUGGUAAAGGAUGAUGUAAGUGAAGACUUGUUUUACUCCUUACCUGUUGUUAAUCUAUCUAAGAAAUUUGAAAAGAUGUCUGUGAAGAAUGAGGUUGAAAUUAUCAGUAAACAGGAUGUAGCAAAGAAAAACUUUGGUGGGAAGGCAAAGACACAGUCCAUUGAUUUGGAUAGUGAUGCCAUGGAAACCAAUGUAGAGAUUCAUGAUAAUAUCAACACUGAGAACAUUAAGAGUGGCAGAAAAACAAGGAAAGAACCAAUAAAAAAUAAAGCCAAAAAAUUAAGUCUGGAUGAACAAGAUAAUGGUGAAGUUGUAGCCAAUCGUAAAAAUAUAGCAGAAAACACUGAAAUAAAUGUUGUUGAUGAUUCUGAGGAAAACAGUUUAAUUAAAGAAAAACCUAAAAGGGGAUCAAAGUUGAAGAAAAAUUCAAAAUUAAAGAAUGAAAUAGACUUAUCAAAAGUAGAUAAUGAAGUGAUGGAAACUCCUAUCAAAACUGAGCCAAAGUUGUUAAUGAAGACACCGAGAAGUGUUUGUAGUCGUAAGGCUGUUUUAGAUUUGAUAAUGGACAGUGAUGAGGAUGAUAUAAAACCUCUGACUUCUGUUAGGAAAAGGAGACCAGUAAGUAAAAAACAGUCUGCACAAAAAUCUUCAAGCAGCAAUAAUGAUAUUUAUACCUUCAGUGAUGAAGAAAAUACCACAAAAUCAGAUGAUGUGAAGAAUAAAAAGGGGAGUGUUAGGUGUAGGUCUGUAAGAUCAAGGAAAGGUAAAGUUGGGAGUGAACAAACAGUAGAUGUUGAAACAGCACGUCACAGUCUCUCUGAUGAAAUAUCGGAAGAUGUAGAAAUAACAAGUUCUAAGACCAAAUCAAAUAAGAAAGAAUCAAAGAUACCUAGACCUACAGCAAAGUCUAAGAACCAAGUUAGCAAGAACAAAACUGUGUCCAAAUCUAAAAAGGUGGAUGUGGAAGGGCUGAGCAUUGAAAAUGCAAGAUUAAACCAAGAUGAUAAUGAAUCAAAGAUAUGUGAUAUUUAUGACUUUAAUGACAAUGAAGAGGAAGAAACAAUUAGUAAAAAUGCUAAAGUAAAGAAAAAUUGUAAGAAAACAGAGACUACAAGAACCAGGAGAUUGCAGAGGUCGAAGGUUGAUGGCACAGAAAAGACUCGAUCAGAUUCUGAAUCUGAAGAUGAGAAAUUGUUCAGAAUGGAUGACAGUCUUACUGUUAAAGAUGAUGAAUCAGAAAUGAUAGAUACAGACCAUGGUGAAGAUAUUAGCUUUACUGUCCAUUCACAAGAUGAUGUUUAUGAAUAUGAUAAUCUGAUUAUACAUGAGGUCACAGAAAAUGAUGAAAUUAGUUUAAAUGAGUCCAUAGAAAUUUUUCGAGGGGAUAAUAAAGCUGGAAAGGGAACCAGAAAAGGAAGGACCCAAAAGAAAGCUGUGAAAGAAGCAGAAGAUUCUGAAGAGCAAGCGACAGGGGAGACAACUGAAGUCUUAAGAUCCAGCAAAUUGUUAAAAAGAACUCAAGUGAAAUCAGAAAAAGUUGUCAAGAUAGAUUCUGUUCCAAAGACUGACAGUCAAACUUGUAAUAAUCAACUAAUAGAGACUUUAGAGGAAGCCUAUAAACAAGUCCAGCAUCUACCAUCCCCACCAGUUUACUCCUCCAUCUGUCACAUGCUUGCCCUACAAUACAUGGAGUCAUUCCCAUUAAAGGCAGCAUUCUACCUAGCAGAGUCAAUAGCAGUCACAUUCAGACAUCAGUCAUUGGUUAAUGCCUCUAGAAAAAUCAGAAAGUCCAGCAAGUUAAAUGAAAGUACAGAAGCUGCUGUAAGGGAAAAUGCUACUGCAGAAGUUAACAAUCUACAGAAAAGUCAAGAAAUAUUACAUUUUAAUAAAACAGAAGAAGAAUUUAAAACAAUGAUGACACAAAUACCAGAUGAUUGGUCUGUUUGUCAGAUAUCUGUUGUUUCUCAUAGUACACCUGCUGUGAUGAUGAUAAGUCGACUUGAUAGAGAGGGACAGCCUGUAGUUGUACAGCUGCCAGGGUUUAACUCUGAACAGGGAAGAGAAAUAUUAUCAGAAUUCUCCACCAUCAUCAAUGAAAGCAGAGAGACAAUGAAAAUAACAGAGAAAAAUGAUUGGUGGAAAUUGAGAAGAGGUUUGGAUACAAGAUUGCAGACAUUGCUGGAAAAUAUAGAGAAGUUUUGGCUUGGAAGAUGGAAGUUUUUGUUGCUUGGUAACCCAGAAGGUGUUAGUGCUGAUGAACUGAUUCAAAUGACAGAAAAUAUCAUGAAGAUGCUAGCUGUACUUUCUGACCGACCAAUCAACAGAGCUAUCAUAAAAGCAUUACUUCAGAGUGGGAACAAUCUAACCAGUGACCAAUUAAAUCAGGUGUUGACCAAUCUUACUGACUCAAAUGAAGUAUCAGAAGUAUCUAAAGCUAUUACACAGUUCUGGAAUAAACAUAUCCCAAGUGAUGUUAAACGACAUCAUGUCAUUCUACUGUUAGACAAGAUGAUACAACACCUUCCUUGGGAGAACUUAUCUAUUCUUAGAAGUCAUUCACUAUCUAGACUACCUUCCCUAUAUCAUAUGAUAAAUUAUCUGUCGCAAACAGUGGAGAAAACAGGUGUAUCUAUUGUAGAUAAACACAAGGUUUAUUAUGUACUUAAUCCAGACAACAAUUUACCUGCAACACAAGAAACUUUUCAAGAGUGGUUCUCAAAGACUAAAGGUUGGCAAGGUAUUGUUGGUAAACCUCCCACAGCAGAACAAUACAAAACAGCUUUGUCGCAGUAUGAUUUGUUGGUAUACUGUGGUCAUGGUAAUGGUAACAAAUAUCUGAAUGGUGAUGAUUUACAACAACUAAAAUGUCGAGCAGCAGUAUUUCUCAUGGGAUGUAGUAGUGGUCAGUUACAGACUAAAGGGCAGUUAGAAGCUUCAGGAAUGAUGCUCAAUUAUUUCCUAGCUAAUUGCCCAUGCAUUGUUUCCAACUUAUGGGAUGUUACAGACAAAGAUAUUGAUAGAUUUCUAGAACAUUUAUUACAGUCUUGUCUCUCUGAUAAACCUUGUGAUGUAUUAUCUAGUAUGUCCUCUGCCAGAGAGGCUUGUCGUUUACCUUUCCUCAUAGGAGCAGCUCCAGUAGUCUAUGGUUUCCCUAUUGUCACUAGAGUUGAUAAGUCUUGAUUCAGUGAUGUGCUGGUCAAUAAUGUAGAGUUAAUAAUAUUAUCCCAUUUAGUAGAUGUAGCCUGUUUGUUUGAUUAUGGUAAAGUAUGUAAACUAUAAAUGCAGAAUUUUAUCAAUUUUCUUAAAAGGUAUUUGUAAUAGUGUGAUUGUAUGUUAAUUGUUGAUUGUGAUUCUAGCUUAGCAGCACCUCAACUUUUAUAUAUUCAUAAACAUUUCUCAGGUAUAUCUGACAGGCUGUUUUUUUUUUAUAUAGUUAACACAAUAGAGAGUUGAGAACUUCUUAAAUCUAUUUGUAUUGUGUUUAUUUCAUAUUUUUUUAUCAUCAAGAACAUAAUAUGUUCAAAUGUCCAUAACUAAAAAUAUAUCUUAUUGUGUAAUUAUUUUGAAUCAACCAUAAAAUGCUUAUUCCACCUUGCCACAAUGCUAUCUGUCACAUGUCCAUAGACUUUGGACUUGCAUAAAAGAAACGCCUUUCAUCAACAUUUACUGUCUAUUGCACUGGCAGUUAAAGUAAAUUUCAAUGCAAAAAAUAUGAAAAGUUAGUCAUAGUGACUAUUGACUUUUUUCAACAUUUUAAACGAAAGUUAUUUGAUUCACAUUUUUUCAUAAAAAUAUAACAAUAUACCAAAAGACAUUCAUAUUUCCUAAUACAAACAAAAUCUGUAAGUCUUGUAUAUUGUAUGCAUAGAAUUAGUUUCAUGUCAUUUUAUACUGUUGAAUAUAAUAUAUAAAGAUUUUCUAAAAGUAACACAAAAAUUUCAGUAUUUUAAAUGUCCUCAGUGUUGCAUUAUUUAAGCCUGUCAAGGUAAAAUCAUCAUACCUUAAUUAGAUAACAUGAAUAUUUCAUUGAUAGAUAUUUUUUGUAUUUUUAUGUUACAUAAAUUUAUUGUACAUAAUUAUUUAUUAUGAUGUGAAUAAGAAUAAAAUUUUACUAACAAUGAAUACUUCUUCGUUUCGGUCAUGUCCUUGAAGUAUCAUUUUUGUAGUGAUAAUUAAUAUUGUA